AUGGAUUCACUUGAUGCCCAAAGGAAAUACCUAGUGACCUGCUCGGAGUCCCUUAUAUUAAGCCAUGGGCAGGGACCAGGUUUGGACCUAGUGGAGAAAGAGACUGACCCUCAACAGGUUGUUAUGGUCAAUCUGAGCUGCUUACUGCUGAAAAACCUGGAUAAUGUGGGAAGCUGCAGGUCACUAAGAGUAUGCAUCUUGGCAGACAAUUUUAUAUCCACGAUAGAUGCUCUCAUCGCAUGUGUGCAUAUAGUGAAGUUGGAUCUUAAAGGAAAUCAGAUAACCCAACUCCCCGGCGUAGUGUUCUGGGACAGCCUGAGACGACUCCAGCUGCUCCAUCUCCAUGACAACAACAUUGGGACUAGAAAGAACAUUGAGGGGUUGUCAGGCUGUCCUAACCUCACAGCAUUGACCCUCUACGACACACCGCUCAGCCUAAAAGGAAACUACAGACACUGCAUCAUCAACAGCAUCUGGUCAUUGAAGGCUCUGGAUAACUUUGUGGUCUCUGACGAGGAGAUCAUUGAAAACUGGAUCCUCCCUCUGCAUUUCAAAACCCUCUGUCAUCAUUUUUACUUGAACCUCUAUCCAGCAGCUAAGAUGGGGCCUUAUCAGAGUGAAAUGAGAGCAAUCCAUAAGAUUAUAUCAGAGGUCAAUAGGAUCCAGUCCGUUUAUUCUCCAACGUUGAUCAUCCAACGAUGGAUCAGGGGACAUCUGACCAGAAAAAGGCUUGGACUUGUCCCUGCUGUGCCGAGACAGGAGAGGUUCAGCAUCAGAGUCCAUCUGUCCCCCAUCCCCUCUGUGGAGACAGACAGUCAACAGACCCAGGGAGAGACAUGGGUCAAAGAGUGCACAGCUAAACAGCACCUGCAGGUUAUACAAGAGGUGGUGACAAGCCAGGCGUCUUUAGAGGCCAAGAAACAGAAAGACAUCAGUCCUCCGCAUAACACCCUUCAGAACAGUAAGACCAUGAGGUCCAACAGAGCCAAGCAUAGUGAGGCGAAAAGAGACUUCACUGCUGCAGAGGAGUUCUAUGAAGAGAAGCUUGGGAAAAUGUGUUUCCGCCUCAUCGGCUUCAAGGCUCUGGUCCACCAGGUCGAGCCUGUCAGCAACAUGCUCAUCUCCCGGCAACAGGGGGGACGGGACAUCCGCAGCGCCAUGCGCCUGUUCCACACACAGCGUCCCGAGCCACCCAAGCGGCCCCAACCUCGACCACCCCUGAUCAAUGCCGAGAAGCGUCUGAUGGGUCGCUGCCUUGGCUCCAUCAGCCUAGCCCCCUUCCAGGUGAUCCAGCGGGCCUACCGGAUGAGGGAGCAGGCCGAGGCCCUGCAGAGGAGGGCCAAGCAGGUGGCCCAUUCCCAGGCUCGGAGGGAGGGCGCCCAGGGCCAACGCCACGGCCUCCUGGAGGCCCGUAGGGAGGUAGUGCUCCAGGUGAGAGAGAAGGAGCAGGAGGAGGUGGAGGAGGCCCUGGCCCUGCUGAGAGCUAGCCGGGACAGGGAGGUGCAGGAGGUCAGGCAGAGACACGCUGUGUUCCUGGAGGAGAAGAGGAGGCGUGCAUCGGAACGGGCCAUGGUUGUCGCCUUCAGCAGGCAGCAUGCCUUCCUGUCCAAGACGGUCAACAGGCAUGCUGUGCGGCAGAGGCAGAGUCACACACAGCAGGAGAGGAGUGUCAUGGUUGCCAGCAGCAGGCAGCAGUCCCGGAUUCAGAGGGAACUCAAAAUGGGAUGCAUAGAGGACAGGCAACAGUCUCUAAAGGAGGAGGCCAUUACAUCCAGAGUGAACAGAGACACUUAUCUGGCCACGAAGAACACCAACCAACUCCUCCAAGCCCAGGAGAGAGUGGCCAGUGUGAAGGCCAGCCAUGCCAAGAUGGAGGUCCUGCAUCCUGUACCGGUCAACCAGACUGCCUGAUCACCACCUCUGGUCCCCCUGUAUCCCUCCACCAUGCUUCUCAAAAGUUUAAUGCUAUGAACGUUUUUUUGGGGGGGGCUAUUUGUUUAUCUUUAAUUCUGUUUAUGAAACCACAAGGAGUAAGGAAUGUGAGGAUUCUGGGAAGAUGAACAAGAGAGGUCAAACCAAGGUCUUUAGUGUUUAUUGUUUGAGUGAAAUCACAGAAAUUCAUUCACCUCAUGAUGUCUACUCAUAUUGAAAUACUUAGCCAUUGUCCACAUCUGUUUUUAU